AUGGCGCCCACCCCCCUCCGCCUAACGAUUCUCUCGCGCACGCUGGUGCAGGCACCGCGCCGCAGCGUGCGGCAGCUGAGCUCGAGCUCGGCGCAGCCGCUCGUCAAGUCGACCAGCGUCCCCGCCCCGCACUGCGGCUCCAUCCGCAUCCUCUCGCUCAACCGGCCCGAGGCUCGCAACGCCAUCUCGCGCGCGCUCCUCAGCGAGCUGCGCCGCCACGUCCAGGACGUCGCGGCCGAGGGCGUCGACGGUCCUACCCGCGCCCUCGUCCUCGCUAGCGACGUCGACACCAGCUUUUGCGCCGGCGCGGACCUCAAGGAGCGCGCUACCUUUACGCCUGAGCAGACCGCCGAAUUCCUGGCCACGCUGCGCGGCACCUUCACGGCCAUUGCAGGCCUACCCAUCCCGACCAUUACGGCGCUGUCAUCGCUCGCUUUCGGCGGCGGGCUCGAGCUGGCACUGACGACGCACUUCCGCGUCUUCGGGACGAACGCCACGGUCGCGCUGCCGGAGACACGGCUGGGCAUUGUGCCGGGCGCAGGCGGGACGUACCGGCUGCCGGCGCUGAUCGGGCUGGCGCGGGCGCGCGACAUGGUGCUGACGGGGCGGCGCGUGGCGGGCCCGGAGGCGUACUUUCUCGGGCUGUGCGACCGGCUGGUGCAGGUGCUGCCGGAGGAGGUGGGCCAGUCGGGCGUCGCGCGCGAGAGGGUGCUGAAUGAGGCGGUGCAGCUGGCACGCACCAUCUGCGAGGGCGCGCCGUUGGCGGUGCGCGCGGGGUUGGCGGCCGUUGAGGGCUGCGCGGGCGGCGAGAGCGUCGAGAAUAAAUGCUAUGAAGCCGUCGUGGCGACGCAGGACCGCGACGAGGCGCUGCUGGCGUUCCGGGAGAAGCGGAAGCCGGCAUUCAAGGGACGGUGA